UUUGGCAUAGAAAGCGGAAACAUAAAAAUGAGUCUUCCCGACUACAAAUCGCCUGGGAAGCAGUCCACCUCUCCCUUUCAACUGCAUUCUCCUAUCGUGCAGCUGAACAUCGGUGGUCUGGUGUACAGCACCACACUGACCACUCUCAGGAAGUGCCCCAACUCCAAGCUGGCGGACAUGUUCAAUGGGCCACCGAAGCUGCGGACGGAUGCUGAGGGGCGGUUCUUCAUUGACAGAGAUGGGACACAUUUCAAAGACAUCCUUGAGUACCUGCGCAGCCAGCGGCUGCCUACUGAGCAUGUGCAGGAGGUGUAUCAGGAAGCCGUGUUCUACGACAUUAAGCCAUUGAUGAAGCAACUGGAGGACAUGCCUCAGCUCUUUGGAGAGAUGGUGGCCAGGCAGCAGUUCUUGGCAAGGGUGCCCAAUUACCGUGAGAAUCUGGAGGUGAUCAUCAGGAUAGCCCGUGCGGAGGCUAUCGCCACUCGCCACUCCAGCAUCAUUGUUUGCAUUCUGAAGACGGAGGAGGAUGUCGGCCGUUACAAUGAUGCAGUCAAUAGCCUGGACACCGACAAAGAGUCAGUGGUGAGUUUUGGUCCUUGGAAAGCCCCGCCUAGUGUUGGAGACCUGCUUGACUGUAUCAAAAUGGACAUCGAAGCUAAAGGAUACAAGAUUGCUCUACAGCCACACAGUGUAGAGAAGGGGUUCCGUUUCAAGAGCUAUGACUUCUUUUACAGGUUGACUUUCACUUGGUGGUAA